AAGGCACCCAUGGGCAGAUAGUUAUAACACCCCAAAAUCCUACCAGAGAGAGAGAGAGAAUGGCAGCAAGACACAGGUUAAUAUGAAAACCACUCGGAGACAAAUACUGGCAUUUACUUUUUAUGUGCUGCAUUACUAAAGCUACAACUCGAAGUCAUGAGAUCAUCAUCCUCACGCCUAAGUUUCUCUUCGAAAGAACCUAUAUGGAACCGGAUGCCGGAUCAAAUAGCGGUGUCGGAGUUUCUGUCGGAAGCAACAGAGGAUUACAACUCUCCCACCACGUCCAGUUUCACCACCCGACUGCAGAGCUGUAGGAACACAGUCAGCGUGUUGGAGGAGGCAUUGGAUCAGGAUCGAACAUCCUUGCAGAAGGUCAAGAAGUCUGUUAAAGCCAUUUACAACUCCGGCCAAGAUCACAUUCAGAAUGAGGAGACGUACGCCCAGGCGCUCGAUAAGUUUGGCAGUAACUUCAUCAGUCGGGAUAAUGCGGAUCUGGGCACGGCCUUUGUGAAGUUCUCCACUCUGACUAAAGAGCUCUCUGCCCUGCUCAAGAACCUGCUCCAGGGUCUGAGUCAUAAUGUGAUCUUCACUCUGGACUCUCUGUUAAAAGGCGACUUGAAGGGUGUGAAAGGGGACCUGAAGAAACCAUUUGACAAAGCCUGGAAGGACUACGAAACAAAGUUUACAAAGAUAGAGAAGGAGAAACGUGAGCAUGCCAAGCAACACGGAAUGAUCAGGACGGAGAUCACUGGGGCGGAGAUCGCUGAGGAGAUGGAGAAAGAGAGACGGCUUUUCCAACUGCAGAUGUGUGAGUACCUGAUCAAAGUGAAUGAAAUAAAGACCAAAAAAGGCGUUGACCUCCUUCAGAACCUGAUCAAGUAUUACCAUGCACAAUGCAACUUUUUCCAAGACGGCUUGAAGACUGCAGAUAAACUGAAGCAGUAUAUUGAGAAGUUAGCAGCUGAUCUUUACAAUAUUAAACAAACACAAGACGAAGAGAAAAAGCAGCUCACCGCACUAAGGGAUCUUAUUAAAUCCACUCUUCAGUUGGACCAAAAGGAGGAUUCUCAGAGCAAACAGGGUGGCUACAGUAUGCACCAGCUGCAGGGGAACAAAGAGUUCGGCAGUGAGAAGAAAGGAUAUCUGAUGAAGAAGAGCGACGGGUUAAGGAAGGUCUGGCAGAGAAGGAAGUGUUCUGUGAAAGGAGGAAUCCUCACCAUCUCUCAUGCCACCUCAAAUAGGCAGCCGGUGAAACUCAACCUGCUCACGUGUCAAGUCAAGCCCAGCGCCGAGGACAGGAAGUGCUUCGACCUCAUAUCCCAUAAUCGCACAUAUCACUUCCAGGCCGAGGACGAGCAGGAGUUUAUCAUAUGGAUCUCGGUGUUAACUAACAGUAAGGAGGAGGCGCUUAAAAUGGCGUUCAGAGGAGAGCAGAGUGGAGGAGAUGAUGGCCUGGAAGAUCUCACUAAAGCUAUUAUAGAUGAUGUGUUACGGAUGCCGGGAAAUGAAGUCUGUUGCGACUGUGGAGCUCCAGAUCCAAAAUGGCUGUCAACUAACCUCGGAAUACUGACGUGUAUCGAGUGUUCUGGUAUUCAUCGGGAGAUGGGCGUCCACAUCUCACGAAUCCAGUCCAUUGAACUCGACAAACUGGGAACCUCCGAACUCUUGCUGGCCAAGAAUGUGGGGAACAGUAGUUUUAAUGAAAUAAUGGAAGGAAAUCUUUCCUGCCCAUCUCCUAAACCCACUCCUGCUAGUGACAUGACUACUCGUAAGGAGUUCAUAAAUGCAAAGUAUGUCGAUCAUAAGUUCUCAAGAAAAACAUGCGGCUCAGCAGCUGCCAAGAUGAGCGACUUGUAUGAAGCGGUCAGGUCACAUGACCUGCUCGCGCUCAUCCAGGUGUAUGCGGAGGGGGUGGAGCUUAUGGAACCAUUUGCUGAAGCGGGACAGGAAGCAGGUGAGACAGCAUUGCACUACGCCGUGAGGACGGCCGACCACACCUCACUACAUCUGGUCGACUUUCUUGUCCAGAACAGUGGGAAUCUGGAUAAACAAACAGAGAGAGGAAACACAGCACUGCACUAUUGCUGUUUUUUUGAGAAACACGAAUGUCUCAAACUACUGCUGAGAGGCAAACCAGCUACUGAUAUCACCAAUCAGAAUGGAGAGACAGCGCAGGAUGUGGCCAGGCGAAUGAGGAUCGUCCAAUGUGAGGAAACGCUGGCGCAAGCCGCCGCAGGAAAGUUUAAUCCCAAAGUCCAUGUGGAGUACGAGUGGAAUCUCAGACUGGAGGAACUGGACGAAAGCGACGAUGACCUGGAUGACAAACCGAGUCCUAUUAAGAAGGACCGUUCUCCCCGGCCGCAGAGCUUCUGUCACUCGUCGAGUCUGUCUCCUCACGACAAGCUGUCUCUGCCUAGUUUCAUUGGUCAGCGUGAUAAACAGCGGCUCUCGUACACUGCACUGACCAAUCAGAUGUACAGCAUGUCCACCGACUGCCCCUCCUCCCCAGAUGCCCCGCCUCUUCCCCCAAGGAACACAGGCAAAGCCCCUCCCUUGUCGAACCUGACUCCCUCCACCCCUGCCUCGCAGAGCCCCAGUAGUGGCAACUCCACCCUGUCUAAGAAAAGGCCCCCACCCCCUCCCCCCGGACACAAACGCACACUGUCUGACCCCCCCACAUCGCUCUCACACACUCCGGUCUGUAAAGGAAGCGAUUCAACACCGCCUCCUGUCAACAAGAUGUCUCCUGCGACAAACCGAUUUGAGGGCAUCCCGCAACAACGUCUCAACACCACUAAAUCUACUCUUGGACCACGGGUUCUUCCCAAACUACCUCAGAAGGUUGCCUUGCGUAAGAUUGACACCAUUCACCAUCCAUCAAUGGACAAACCCAACCAGCCUCCUGAGGCAAUCAUGUUCCAGAAGACCCUGCAGAGUUUUGACACCCCGCAGAAAGUCCCGCUAGCCGACAGACCUCAGCCAGGGGAUGUACCUCCUAAACCACACCCUUCAGAAUUACCCCCCAAACCAGGAGAGCUUCCUCCUAAACCACAGCUGUCGGACCUUCCUCCCAAACCCCAGUUGGGUGACCUACCCCCUAAACCUCAGCUGAAAGACCUCCCGCCCAAACCCCACCUGACUGACGUCUCUCCACCCAAACCUGUGUACACUGAGAUUGUACACAAACCACCUUCCGGUGAAGUCGCUCCCAAACCGCAGCCAUCCGAGACCCCGACGGUUAUUCAUCAGGGAGAGCCAUCACCUCAGCCAGUCCAGUCUAGUGAAGACACAAAUGGAAGUCCAACCUCUGCGCAGGGGACGCCUGUACCAUUACCUAGAAAAGUAAAUCCGAUUAAGAGUAAGAUGCGAAGGGUAAAGACCAUUUAUGACUGCCAGGCUGAUAAUGAGGAUGAGCUGACGUUUGUUGAGGGUGAGGUCAUCGUGGUAACAGGGGAGGAAGAUCCGGAGUGGUGGAUCGGACACAUCGAGGGGCAGCCAGAGAGGAAAGGCGUAUUUCCCAUGUCUUUUGUUCACAUUUUGUCUGAUUGACACACAGAUGUCCUUCACCGCUUACCUCUGGCAAUGGGACAUACUUAACUUGGCUGCUGAAUCAAUAAUGCAAAUUUGGAAAAUGGAAUCACAGUGGAAAACACAUCACCACCACUCAAGACAGACUGUAAAUAAAGUAUCCAACUGUACCGCCGUUUCUCUUUGUUCAUACAGUUAUACAUACAUCCGUUCAACACUUUUCCCGUCUUGAAUACCGUUACUGUAUCUUUGUAUAUAAUGUUCUACAUAAAUUUGUGUGUGUGGGUUUCACACAAGGACGAUUGUGUGCCUCUGUGCAAAAGUAAAAACUUGUCUGUCUGAAAAGUACUCUGCCUGCCAGCACGUCAUGGCUGGGGCCAGUUUUGUUAUUGUGAUAGUGUCCACUGUUGACAUUUAUACCAGGGACCGAUAUAUGUCAACCUAUCUUCCAAAUGGAAUAACUGGAUUUGUAAGUUUCCUGAACAUCAGGAUUUUUCUGUUAUCUUUUCCUAAUAGACCACUAAAGCAUGUCCAAGAGUGAAACAUACGCUUAUCCUUCGUUCUUGCUAUACUUAGUGUAAAAUAGCCCGUGCAAUGCAUUAACUGUGGUCGACUUAGAUGGUUUCACCCGUUAUACCAUAUCAGUGUUUCUUCAAAAGUGGCGCUUUACUACAGACACAUCUGCGUGAAGGACCAACUUCUACAAACACAAGUCACCCGUUACAUUUCCUCAUUUAUCGUGACAAGUGUUGAAAUUGAAACUUGAAUACUUUUUGAAUGGUUUAUUCUGCAACCGUUUAUAGAUGUUAUAUUUUUAAGUAAUAGGAAUGUACUGUAUUACAGUUAAUGCUGUUAUCAUCCAUGGAUUUCCCAAACUAGGUUAGAACUUGCACUAACUCCCAUUUAAGGACUAGCGCCAUCAGCAGUUUAUAUCACUAAGACUUAUGAGGGCAUUAUGAAAAAACACAUUUAUGAACACAAGAAUUGCAUUUUCGGUCAGGAAAGUUCAACCUUGCACAUACCUAAUACUCAGCAUGGUUGUAUUUAAAGUGUUUUUUAAAGGUGUCUUGACCGCAGAUUCAGAGGACUGUGUCCACUGUCUGAACAUGUACAUCACUUACCAUUCCACUAUCAAUAAAAGACUUGUUAAACUCA